AUGGUUUUGCCUGAAGACUUCAACAUGUCUCGUACCGACGAGGUCCACCGCAUAACGGAGAAUGUCUACAAGUCAAUCAUGGAGCAGUACAACCCCUGCUUGCGGAACUUCGUUGCCAUGGGGAAGAGCUAUGAGAAGGCACUUUCCAGUGUGACGUUUGCUGCUAAGGGAUACUUUGAUGCUCUGGUGAGGAUGGGAGAACUGGCUAGUGAAAGCCAAGCGUCUAAAGACUUAGGGGAUGUGCUCUUCCAGAUGGCUGAGGUCCACAGACAGAUUCAAGUGCAGUUAGAGGAAAUGUUGAAAUCUUUUCACAAUGAGCUUCUGUCAGAACUGGAGAAGAAAGUGGAGUUGGAUGCUCGAUACCUAACCGCAGCACUGAAGAAAUACCAGAUGGAACACAAGAGCAAAGGAGAGAGUUUGGAGAAGUGCCAGGCUGAGCUGAAGAAGCUGCGGAGGAAGAGCCAGGGUAGCAAGAACCCCUCCAAGUAUGGAGAGAAGGAGAUGCAGUAUGUGGAGACUAUCAGUAGCAAACAGAGUGAACUGGACAACUUCAUCGCCGAGGGUUACAAGACCGCACUGUCCGAGGAGCGGAGAAGAUACUGUUUCCUGGUGGACCGCCAGUGUGCCGUGGCCAAGAACAGCAGUGCCUAUCAUGGAAAGGGUAAGGAUUUGCUCACUCAGAAGAUCCCAGUGUGGCAACAGGCAUGCUCAGACCCCAACAAGCUUCCAGAUAGAGCCAUGCUCCUGGUCCAACAGUUGGGCUCUGGUUCCAGCAGCCACCUUGCCAGCCCCCUACACUCAUCUAAGGGGAACCUCAUCAUCUCAGACCCCAUCCCUGGAGCCCAGCCCUUGCCUGUGCCCCCAGAACUGGCUGCCUUUAUGGGGGGUGGUCUGGGACACCAGGGGAGGCUGAUGGGUCCUGAUGGUAUGUCUAUGGUGAAUGGGACGACUGGGGUGCACGGAGAGGAGUACUGGACAGAGAGUGGGCUAUCUCAGGGCAGGCCACCCUCUCCCCAGCCCCAGUCCCAGACACAAUCCCAGCCUCAGAGACAGGUCAGUGAGGUCUACUCCAACACCCUGCCUGUGCGCAGACAAGCCCCCGCCAAGAACAAAACCACAGUGGGGGAGACGAGGACUCUGCCCAGGUCCAGCUCCAUGGCCGCGGGCCUGGAGAAGAACGGCCGGAGCCGCGUGCAGGCCAUCUUCUCCCACGCUGCCGGAGACAACAGCACCCUGCUCAGCUUCACCGAGGGUGACAUCAUUACCCUGCUGGUGCCCGAGGCGCGUGACGGCUGGCAUUACGGAGAGAACGAAAAGACUAAAAUGCGUGGCUGGUUCCCCUUCUCUUAUACACGUGUGAUACCUGAUAGUGACGGUGACAAACUCAGAGUGAAUUUGCACCAUGGGAAGAGCAGCAGUACAGGAAACCUGCUAGAGAGAGAUGACCUUUCGCUUCCUGUGCCUGACUAUGGCCUGACUGCCCGUCUGCUGGCCCAAAGUCUCACACAGACACGCCCUCGGCCGUACAGCAUGGCAGGCUUCACACAGCCAGCGAUUGAGGAUUAUGACAGUCACUUUGCCACAAGUGACCGUUCUUUGGAGGUUUACCUCAGGUCCGGCCUCAUGGAUGACCGCUCUGCUCCAUUCUUCUAUUAG